UAUUCGUGCUUCCGAACAGUGUCGAAAAAGCCAAAUUCUUGACACACACCGAUCGAUGCAACAUGCAGUUGCUCAGGGCCGCCGAAGUUGGUCAGACUCAGUCCGCACAGGAGCUCGCAUGGGCAGACGUCAAGCGCGGCAUGCUGGACUGGAAGACAUAGGCCUUUGGAUUAAACCAGGUCGCCGACAACCUCAUGUUUUACAGCUUCAGCGUCUUCCUCCCGACCAUCAUCCGCGAGUUGGGACCUUGGAACACUGCCGAAGUGCAACUGCUCACCGUACCAGUACACAUACUUGGGGCUGCCGUAUAUGUAGUCGCGUCACGUAUCAGUGACAUGACUCAAAUCCGGGGACCAUUUGCCGGCGCUGGUCAAUUCAUAUCCACGAUCGGCUACUGCAUGCUGGUAGCUGAUGCGGGAUCUGACCUCAGCUUCGCAGGCUGCUUCUUCGUUGGAAUGGGCGCAUGGUCGGCGAAUGGCACUCCGCUUGCCUGGCUUGCCACCGACUCACCUCGUUAUGGCAAACGAGCUUUUGUGAGCGGGUUGCAGCUGAGCAUGGGCAACUUGGCCGGUGUGGCUUCACCCUUCCUCUUUGCAUCCUCGACUGCUCCGGCAUUCACGCCGGGCUACAGCACCUUCAUCGGAAUGCUAGGCUUCGGUAUGUGCAUGGUGGCGAGUCUGCAUUUGUGGUACAGAUUCACGAAUAAGCGAAGGGACCAGGGUAAAGAGGACCGGAGGCUCGAGGGCAAGACUCAAGAAGAGGUCGCGGAGAUGGGCGAGGAUAGUCCUAGGUUCCGCUACACAAUAUGAUGUUGGGGUACAGAUAGAUCUAACAGCGGUGUCAAUUCUUUACGUGCUGUCAAACAAAGCUGCAUUUCCGCCGGCUUUGGACUUGCCGCCUCGAAUGUUACUAAACCAUCAUUACUCCUUGUUAUCCGCAGCAAACUUCUUCAUAUCCGCCAAGUCGACCGUCCUCAGCGCGGCCUGAUUGGUAGCGUUCAAGAAGAUCUUGGGCACAAUCUUGUCUCCAUCCUUCUCGCGACCCCUCGCCUCAAAGGCCUCCAACCACCGCCCCGCACACAGACACCAUUUGCACCCGGCCUUCAUGCCGCCAAUGGAGCGCAGGUCAUUGCCCUGGCGUGCGGUAAAGUCGAGAAAUUCCUCCGUCACCUCUGCUGCCACGGAGUGGUUGCCAAAGUCCGAGGCGGGCACGUCACAGUAGCCGUUGCGCAUGUAGCCGGUCAUGGGCGACGUGGAGAAGAGAGCGAGAGGUUGUUUGAAGACUGGA